AUGCAAAUGUCUCUAUGGGGUGCAACAGUAAUUACUAACUUACUUUCUGCUAUCCCUUGGAUCGGUAAAGACCUGGUAGAAUUUAUCUGGGGAGGUUUCAGCGUCUUAUCGGCGCCACAAGAUAGUGAUAUCUUGUUGCAAAUCCUGCUUAUUGCUGGAACAUCCUCUAUUUUAGGAGUUGGAUACGUUUCUAAUUUUAAUAAUAGAUACGUGAAAAAGCCAACAACAUGGGGACAAUCAGCAGUGGUUAAAAAUUAUUCUAACAUGAAUAAUUUUGAAGCUAUUCAGAGACUAAAUGCAGGAGAUCUAGUAUUUGCCUACUUAGUAGGAUUAAUUGAAGGAGAUGGAUGGUUUUCAGUUACCAAAAAUGGUAAGUAUAUUAAAUAUGAAUUUGGUAUCGAAAUGGAUAUUAGAGAUAUUCAAUUAUUAUACAAAAUUAAAGAAAUUUUAGGAGUAGGGACAAUUAAUAUUAGAGAAAGAAAUCAAAGAAAAACGUGUUUAUAUAGAAUUAGAAAUAAAUCACAUUUAAAAUUAAUUGUAUUACCGAUUUUUGAUAAAUAUCCUAUGUUUUCUAAUAAACAAUAUGAUUAUUUAAUGUUUAAAAAAUUACUCUUAAAUGAAAUUAAUUUUUCUAAAGAUUUAUCUGAUUACAUUAGACCUAUUGAACCUUUAAAUUCAAUUGAAACAAUUUUAAAUAAACCAUAUUUUAAACCUUGGUUAAUUGGAUUCAUUGAAGCUGAAGGUUGUUUUAGUAUUUAUAAACCUGUUAAAGAUAAUUCAAAAGUAGCUAGUUUUGAUGUUUCUCAAACAAAUGGUUUAAUUUUGAUUGAGGCAAUUAGAAAAGAAUUAUCUUUAACUCCUAAUGCAUUUCAAGAUAAAACAAAUGGAUUUAAAUUAAAAGUUUCUAGUGCAAGAGCCGUAGAAAAUGUUGUAAAAUAUAUGCAAAAAGCUCCCUUAAAAUUAAUGGGUUAUAAAAAAUUACAAUAUUUAUUAUGGCUAAAAGAACUUCGUAAUAUUCCUAGAUAUUCCAAUAGAUUUAAUAUUCCUGAUAAAUAUUAA